AACUGAACUGUUUAACACCUAUUUUACAUUUAAAACCACUUUAUUUCAUGCCUUAGUAUACCUCACAAUUCAUUUUCAUUAUUUUGCCAUCAUAUAGUACCAUGGUACAAUUAAAGACUACAGUAGUAUUCUUUGAAUAAUUGGCUUUUGAUGAAUAUAGCUAUUCAGCAUGGACCAUCCGAAUUUAUCAUUGGGCUUAUUGGGCUGGCAACCCAUUGGCCCCAGCUUGUAGGGGGCCAGUUUACGUUUGUUCAGUUAUGCCAUUCAGAAUGGCUAAACAGGCCAGCCGGGGUUAACAUCUUUCAAUUACGAUUAGGGGUCGUAAGGGUUAAACAUAUCCACCAUUAUUUCUCAGGAAAAAAAAUAUACUUUUCUGAAGUAAAUGAGGUAAACUGCCACUAGACCCCGCUUAUGAUUGUAAAGUGCUUUGGGUGUGUAGCUAUACACAAUGAAGUGCUAUACAAAUCCUUCAUUCAUUCAAAUCAUUUCAUGAAAUUGAAAAAAAGAUAAAUAAUGUAAUUACAGAAAUAUAAAUCCAUUGUUUUGGCCAAACAUUAAGCACACAUUUGACUGCAAUGAAACAUGAACCAAUUUGCUUUUUAUGAAGAUUAUUUUUUCAUCAAAACGCAGUUUAAUCAUGUAGUUAAAAAAUUAGGCCUAGUUGUAAAAGUUACGUUUUAAUUUUAGUAUAAUGAAUAACUAGAUGUUUACGUGUUGUAAGCUUUGUAUUAGUUUUUUUGCACUAGUCGGCUUUUUGCAUGCGGCAUUUGCAGAGCUCCAUUGGGAUGUGUAACAUUACAUUUUUCACAAAAAUAUGUCUCAGUAGCACAGUCCCAAACAGUGUGAUUGAGCUAGAAGCACGCUACAUCUACAGAGCUGAUAGAACCGCUGUGGGAAAAGCAAAGGUGGGAGCAUUUGCAUCAGUAAACAGAGCCUGGUGCACUGAUGCUGUUAUUACUAAAUCUCACUGUUCCUGCUGAUCAGUUUAUGUAACCCCGGAUGCUAAUGCUAAACUAGCUAAUUAUUUAAAUUAAUUUGUCAGGCCACACUGGUCUCACACACAGAUAUUAGUAUCUACACCAGCACCAUUCUAUACCACAUUAACAGGUGUGUCGAUAAAGUAUCCACCCAUAAAAUAAUUAAAAAAUUACCGAGCCAGAAACCUUGGAUGAACAUGGUAGUCGGACUCCUGCUUAAAGCACGUGACACAGCUUUUAAACCUGGCAACCAAGAAGCCUACAGUUUAUCCAGGGCCAAUCUGAAGAGGGGAAUUAAAGCUGCUAAACUUAAUUACAACAGCGGAUUGAGGAUAAAUUCAACAACAAUGAUCCUCGGCAUAUGUGGACAGGCCCUCACAGACUACAAACAAUCAAAUAGACACCCCCAACCAAAAAUGCCACACUCCCAGGUGAACUGAACAUCUAUCAUGCUCACUUCAAUCAUGGAAACACAGAAUCACUGUACAAAGCUUAACAAUUACAACUCCUUCAUCGUCACCUUGAACAUUGGCGUACCACAGGGGUGUGUUCUAAGCCCAGUUCUCUUUCUCCCUUUUCAGCCAUGACUGCAUACCUGUACAUGGCUCUAACUCCAUAAUCAAGUUUGUUGCUUGUAUUGGAGGUUUGCAAGAAAAAGACCAUUCCUCAAGAAAGGCCAGAUGCAGUCAUGACUGAGCUUUGCAAAAACAUACCUUGAAGAUUCAGAGACCGAUGGAACUAAAACUGAAUUAUUUGGCUUCAACACCAAACAAUAUGUCUGGUGGAAAUCCAAUACAACUCACCAUCCAAAUAACAGUGUUCCUACUGUAAAGCAUGGAGGUGGUAAUAUCCUUAUGGGUGUGUUUCUCUGAAGAAGGGACUUGAACACUUUCAAGAUAGAAGGAAAAAUGGAUAGGGCAAAAUAUUGUCAAAUUCUUGAAAACCUGCUGCCCUCUGACAGAUAGUUAGCUGUCAAUGGAAAAAGGUUUACUUUCCAGCAUGACAAUGACCAAAAACUACACAGCAAAACUGACCACAGAGUGGUUGAAAGAGUAAAAGAUGAAUUGCAAAGUAUAGAUAUGCAAAGGUAGUAGAGACAGAGACAUGUCCUAACAGACUAAAGUCUGUAAUUAAAGUAAAAGGUGGUUCAACAAAAUACUGACACAAGUAGGUGAUCCUUUUUCCCAACUCAGUGAUUCAGUUUAUUAUUUGACAUUUUGGCUUUAUAUCUUUAGACUGGAUGUUAUAAAUUACAGAGUAAAUACAGCGUGAUAAAACAAAAACUGUUUCGAUCUUCACACAAAAUAUUAUUAUGUUAUAUGUUAAAGGUGGUGAUUAUUUUCUACCCACUGUACGUAUUUACUCUUAUUUAAAUACAUUGGCUAUUAGCACUUCUGUUUAGAUGCUAACUGCAUUUCAUUGGACCUGUACACUGCACAGUGACAAUAAAGCUGAAUCUUAUCUAAUCUAAUCUAUUAUUACGUCCAUUUAAUUGGAUUAAGUGCUGGUGAUUGCUGGAGGAUUGAAGACUGUAGAGCGACAGGUUGUUGUGUUGUACUCUACGUUCAUUCAGACAGACACCAGCAUGAAGGAUCCACAGCUACCAGGUAUCAAAACACUAAAUGUCUGGGCGAAGCGACAUGGGAAAAAAGGAAAGAAUGAACCGGCGGCCCAACCUGCCCAGAAAGAAGCAAGAGCAUGCAAGGUACCAGCGCUUACUCCUGAACAAAGAGCGAAGCAGACGCCCUUCGAGAGGGUCCUCUAUGACAUGUCCCACAAUGAGCAGGUCAUCAGUGAAAUGAUGCUGGGCCGCAGGAUUGCUUUCUAUGAACUCAGAGGAGAAAUAGGGACUGGAAAUUUCUCUCAGGUCAAACUGGGUGUUCACGCUUUGACUAAAGAACGUGUUGCAGUAAAGAUUCUCAGGAAGGCACGGCUCGGCAAGAAGUCGCAGAAUCUGUUUGCCUCAGAGAUCAUCUGCAUGGAAAAUCUGUCCCAUCCGAACAUUGUGCGUCUGUAUGAGGUGCUGGAGACCAGUAAGCAUCUGUACCUCGCUAUGGAGUACGGCAGCGGAGGAGACCUGUUCUCUCGCCUCACCAGCAGAGGCCGCCUGUCAGACCUGGAGAGCAGGCUCAUCUUUGCCCAGAUCAUCUCAGCCAUCAAAUACAUGCAUGAAAACAACAUCAUCCAUCGUGACCUGAAAGCAGAAAAUAUUUUUUACACCACUUGCUACUGCAUCAAAGUGGGUGACUUCGGUUUCAGUGUGGUCAGUGAGCCGACCGCGACCCUGAACACGUUUUGCGGCUCCCCGCCGUAUGCGGCCCCGGAGCUGUUCAGAGACAAAAGCUACGUGGGCCAUUAUGUGGACAUCUGGGCGCUGGGUGUCCUCCUCUACUUUAUGGUGACUGCCACCAUGCCUUUCUACGGCAACAACUUAGGGCGACUGAAGCGCUGCAUCCUACAGGGGGCGUACAGCAUCCCGCCCUACGUCCCUGAGUCCUGUCAGCUGGCCAUCAAGGGCAUGCUGAGACCCUUACCUGUGGACCGGACCACCGUGUCUCAGCUGAUGCUAUGCUCCUGGCUGAAGGGCAUCGAAUACCCCAAACCCUAUCCUGCUUUCAAUGCGACGCCCAAUUACCUAGCUGACCCAGUGAAGAGCCUGUGCGUGGAGGAACAGGAAGUGAAGUCGGCCCUGAGUGAGCUGGGCAUCAGUGGCACACAUCUGCAGAAUAAAUCCUGCACUGACUGCCGCUGCCCAAUAACAGGGACUUAUCGUAUCCUGCUGCACCGCAUCCAGAAGAGGAGAUCCGUGGAAGCGGUAGGAUACUCCGCUCUGUACCCCGAGGAUUUUGGUACCAAGAAAUACUGGACCAGCAAUGUAAUGGCUAAGCACAAUCCUUCGGCAGUGUGUAACAUCCUAUGAAAACAAGUGUUGGACGAUACGUGCAUAAAGCCAUGUUUCAGGAUGUAAUCAAUUUACAUGCAUGAAGUUGUGCUGGUUUUUGUGCGAAACCUAGCAUCCCAGAAUGAAUCCCAAGAUUAGUAUUUUACUCUCUUUAACAUUUUGGAAAUAUAUUAGUUUAGAAGUUUUUUGGUGCUUAUCUGCUGCUGAAUCUGUUGUUAAAAAAAACAGCACAAAAAGGAUAGCCCAAUUUCUGAAACGAAAUCAGCCGCCAAUUAUUUUUAAUGAAUCAAAAAUGUACAGAGCAACACGUGUAGCCGAAACUAAUGACUCUUUCGAGCUGGUUCUUUUUAGUGAAUCAAAAGCAUAUAACACAACAAGUGCAGCCUGAUUCUCAAAAUGAAUGAACAGGUUCUUUUUAGUGAUUCAUGAACAUGAAAUGCAACAAAUGCAAAUUAUGAAUCAAAAACAUACAGCGUAACAAGUGAAGCAUGAUUCCCGAAAUGAGUGGCUCUUAUGAGCCGGUUCUUUUAAUGAAUAGCUCAUUAUAACGGAAAUAUACUACUAUUAAUCAGAACGAAUCAGUUGUACCGGGCAGUUUUUGUGUUCUGUUUUACAAAAUCUCCAGGGUCCAAUGGGAUCCAAGGCCUGAGACCACUUGCGCAAAUGCUUACAUUUGUAAAACUUCUAAUGAUUUUAUUUUUGCAGUCAGUCCAUCAGUGGUCAUUUACUGUUGCCAAGUGGAAAACGGAGAUGUGGCCAAUACUUAAUGGUUAGGAAAACAUUUGAUACAUUUUUGUAUCACUGAUUAGUUUGAGAAUAUUGUUUGUUUGAUAUUGUCUGAGCCACAGCUUUGGAUUGAACGUCAUAUGUAGUAAAUAUUUGCAAUACGCUGGUUACUGGCUGUUCUGGCCUUAUGUAACAAAGUGCACAUGCAUUUAUAAAAGCCUGACAGAUUUGAUGUUUAAUUUGAUGGAUUCGACAGCAAUCUGUUUCUAUUUAAAUAGUGGAAUAACUUGGCAAUCAUUUCCUGGUCUCAGCCAGGGUUUACACUGAACGUAUGACGCAAAGCAUUAAACGCUAAUCAGCGGUUAAUCCUAAUGAGCAUGGUGCUUUAUAAAAAGCUUGUGGUAUCAGCCAUUAUUCCAUUCUAUAGAAUCAAUCAUCUUUAUUUUCAAGCCAUGGCACAUUCAUAUCAGGAAUGGAGGAGAUCUGCCAAGAUGCUGUUUUUACAGGCGUUAUAGUGUUUUGUAGUUACACACACAUGCCUUUUGACCUUCUAAAUCAUGUUUAGAGAUACACGUCAUGUUACUAAACCUUAUAUUACUCAAUAACAUGACAAAUAGAUCUGAAAUUGUUACUGUACUCCACUGCAAUCAUUUGCAACAUGAUGUUUGAUUAUCAAUUUACAGUUAAGCAUUGCAUGUUGAUAUUAUCUUUUUGUUUGAGCUCAUAUACAUGACAAAUGUAUUGUGCUUUGCUAAUAUGGUACAUAACAUUUCAUAUUACGUUGUCACACGAAUUACAGACGCUACUUGAAAAACACAUUGUAUUAUAUUUUUGUAUAAUAUUUUCAUGACAGUCAGUAAACUUUCCUCUCAAAUUCUCAUUACUGUGAUGUAAUAAUAAAGAUAUAAAUACUGUUUGAAAAUGAUAUAUAAAGAAGUAUUUAUGCAUCAGUGUACCAAUAUAGGAAUUAAAAUUAAAAAUAGUCCGACAUUAAAAAAAUAAAUAAAUCUCCCAAUGUAUAUGGUAAUGAGAAUAUGAGAAAAUUU